AUGUCCGCUGAAGAAACUGCUUCUUCGUCUGGCACUCAGAAAAUGCUCUUCGCAAACAAGCUCGAACUGGAGAUCUAUCCGCCUUGGAAAGAUCACUACAUUAACUACAUUAAGCUCAAGAAGCUUUUGAAAGAAGGUGUGAUCUUGCAGAAUGCCUGGACAGAAAAAGACGAGCAGAACUUUGUCAGUGCAUUGGAUUCUGACUUGGAGAAGGUUUAUUCCUUCCAAUCUGACAAGUAUGAUGUGCUCAACGAGUACUUGAAUGAGUUGCAGGCCACCACUGAGUCUCCCACUGCCAACUUCGAUGUCCAAUCGUUUUCCAACAAGUUGGAGCUGGUGUUGAACUUGGCUCAGGAGCUCAACCAUUUCCAGCGGUUGAACUAUACUGGAUUCAUCAAGAUUGUCAAGAAACAUGACCGCUUGCACCCUGAUUACUCGGUGAAGCCUUUGUUGAAUGUGAGAUUGAAGUCUUUACCUUUCCAUUCUGAGGACUACUCACCUCUCUUGUUCAAAAUUUCGGCAUUGUUCCAAUUUUUGCGUGAUAACUACGAUGUGGACCAGUCCUUGUCGAAAUUGAGUUCGUUCAACGAUGACUCCGCUGCCAAUGAGUACCAGUCCUUCAAGUUCUGGGUUCACCCAGACAAUUUGAUGGAGGUGAAGGCAACCAUCUUGCGUCACCUUCCCGUUUUGGUGUAUAAUUCCGCUGGUGAAAGUGCCUACAAUAACGACGAUGACGAUGAUGAUGACGAUGAUGACUUGGACGAGUUUGGCAACUUCUCGAAGAACGAUCCAACCAUCAACUGCUUGUACUUCGACAAUGAGAAUUUCGACUUGUACAACAACAAGUUGGUCAAGAGUGCCAAUGCUUCCACGUUGAGAAUCAAGUGGGUAGGUAAGUUGUACAACAAGCCGAAGAUCUACUUGGAGAAAAAAUCGUUUGAGAAAAGUUCCGAAACCUACGAUAUCGAUGAAAAGUUUGCCUUGAAGGAGAAGUAUUUGGACCAAUUCAUUAAUGGCAAGUUCGAUGAGGAGAAGUACUUGCGCAAGUUGGCUAAGAAGGGCGAGUCCGCUGACGCCAUUGAUGAGGCUAAGAAGCACAUUGAGUCUUUCUCCAAGUAUAUCAAGGAUAACCACGUGCAGCCAUGUCUCAGGACCACCUACAAAAGAACUGCAUUCCAGAUUCCUGGCGAUGAUAAGGUUCGUGUGGUGAUUGACUCGGAUAUUUUCUUCAUUAGAGAAGACUCGUUCGAUGACCAGAGACCAAUUAGAGAUCCAUCCAAAUGGCACCGUACCGACAUUGACUCCAAGGUGCAGCAGCCAUUGUCGUUGUUGAGAAAGGGAGAGUUUGUCAAGUUUCCCUACGCCGAGUUGGAGAUCAAGGUGAAAACCAAAAAGAAGGGUAAGAAGUCGCUCUGGAUUGACGAUUUGGUCCACUCGCACUUGGUGAAGGAGAUUCCUAACUUCUCCAAGUUCAUUCACGGUGUUGCCUCACUUUUCUUGGAGGACGAUAAAUUGGACAAUAUUCCAUUCUGGUUCAAUGAAUUGGAGUCUGAUUUGAAGGUUGAUCCCCAGCAAGCCUACAUUGAUACCAAGGAAAAGUUAGCCAAGUUGCAGAACGACGAGGAGAACUUGAAGAAGUUCAAGUCUAUGUUGAGCAACUCCACCACUACCACUGACUACUCGGCAAGAUCCAAGUCGUUUUCAGGAUCGAUUUUGAAUAGCUUUGAGCCUUCAAGACUGGUUGAUUCGGACUUGGACGCUAAGAAUGGCUUGAGCGCUGUGCCGGAGGCUAUUGUGGAGGAAGCACCUGUUUCGGGAGGAGAUUUGGACCAGUCUUCUGAUGAAGACUACGACGAGGAGGAGGAAGAGAUAAGAAGAAACCCAUUGGCCAAGUUAAUGAAACUUCCAAAUACCUUUUCCAAGUUGCUCGAUGUCGAUUCCGAGGAAGAAGAGAUCGACUUACCUAUUGGAGUUGCUAAGCCAGAAUCUUACAUCAAGAACGCUGGCCCAUUGAGGAUUGAACCAAAGGUGUGGUUGGCCAACGAGCGUACAUUCAACAGGUGGUUGCAUGUGACCACUUUGCUCUCCACGUUGACUUUCAUCAUCUACUCGUCAACCAACAAGGCCAACUCGUACGAAUUGGCCACGUUGUUGGCAUACGUGUACUUUGGCUUGACAUUGUUUUCGGGUCUCUGGGGUUACUAUAUCUUCAUGAAGAGAAGAAACAUUAUCAUGGAGAGGUCCGACAAGCAUUUGGAUAACGUCGUGGGACCUUUGAUUGUUGCCUUCGGCUUGAUUGUUGGACUAGUAGUCAAUUUUGUCUACGGAUUUAGAACCAUGGCACAGCAACAGAAGGGAAGCUUCUCGACUUUUGGCGUCGGAGAAGACUUCUUGGCCAAGAACCCUAUGCAUAAGAGCAUUUUGGAGUUUGUAUUCAAACUCGUUGGUGCAUAG